CCCGCUGCCCUGGGACCGUGCCAAACGCCCGGCUGCAGCCCCGGGAGGGGCACCCGCCCCUGGGGAGGGAUGUCUGCGCUGCAGGCAUCCGCCCGAGAACUACGAGCACCAACGCCUAAAACUCUAAGGACUUGGUGGUGCCCAAACCCACCUAGAGGAGCGUGUUCUGUAAUCGAUGAUCCACUAUAUACCUGACCAUUCCUUGCCAAAACAGCCUCCAAACCACCGUUGCCAGCCCACCUCCCCUGGCCUGUGGGCCACGAGGGGACUGGCAGCCCCACAGGUCUCCCAGCACCGCAGCCAUGGCAAACAAAGGGCCAGCCUAUGGCAUGAGCAGGGACGUGCAGUCCAAGAUCGAGAAGAAGUACGAUGACGAGCUGGAGGACCGGCUGGUGGAGUGGAUCGUGGCGCAGUGCGGGGCUGCCGUGGGGCGCCCCGAGCGGGGCCGCCUGGGCUUCCAGGUCUGGCUGAAGAACGGCAUUGUGCUCAGCAGGCUGGUGAACAGCCUCUACCCCGACGGCUCCAAGCCCGUCAAGAUCCCCGACGCGCCGCCCACCAUGGUCUUCAAGCAGAUGGAACAGAUUGCCCAGUUCCUGAAGGCGGCCGAGGACUACGGCGUGGUCAAGACAGACAUCUUCCAGACCGUGGACCUGUUUGAAGCCAAGGACAUGGCAGCGGUGCAGAGGACGCUGAUGGCCCUGGGCAGCCUGGCAGUCACCAAGAACGACGGGAACUACCACGGGGACCCCAACUGGUUCAUGAAGAAAGCUCAGGAGCACAAGCGGGAGUUCACCGAGAGCCAGCUGAAGGAGGGCAAGAACAUCAUCGGGCUACAGAUGGGCACCAACAAGGGAGCGUCACAGGCGGGCAUGAGCUACGGCCGGCCCCGGCAGAUCAUCAGCUAGGCACUGCCGCGCCGCCCCCAGCCCUCCCCAGCCGGGACCGCCGUCUCCGCUCCCCCGGCCCAGCGCCGCCGCCCAUCCAUUGGUAUUUAUUGAGGAGCAUCCGCCCGCCAGCCCCAUCGCCCCAUCGCCAGCGGCCGCACGAGCCCCGCCGCAGCCCCCGGCCCGGGGCCGUGCCCCCAGCGCCGAGCCCCGGGCAGCCCCCGCAGCCCCCGGCCUCGCACCCCCGCCGCCAGCCGGAACCCUCGGGUGGGACCCGGGAGCACCGCCCGCCCUGCCCGCACCAGCCCCGCGCCACCGCCGCAGAGAUCCCUGCAACGGGGAGAAGAGAGAAUUGGCCUCGGUUUUGUACUUCGUUUUUGUCAAAAUUAAAGGGUUAUA